CAAUCGCUUGCCAGACUUUUUUUAUCUCAAAGUCCUCCCCCCCUGUUUCCCUUUGCCGUUGGUUUCGUCCUGGGGGCAGAUACUGUUACAAUGUGUAGCCUGGGACAACUCGGGCACUUUCAUUCCCUUCUUGGAGAGGCAGAGAGAGGAAGCCAGGCUCCCUUGAGGUAAGGGAAGACCAUGAUGGCAGUCAUACCUACUUCCUGACAACACAAAGAGUCACACAGAAAGAUCAUGGGAGAAUCUGCAUUUUAAAGAAAGUGAAUAUUUUGGACUACUUUUUGUCAAGCUGUCCAGUUGACAAAACAGAUGGGAAUUGGUGCUAUUGAUCCUUUCAUCUGGAAAAAUGCACUGAAUGGGAGAUUCUGCCUAAUAUGGCCAAUUGUGACCUUUACCUCUACUGGAAUGGACCCGAGUUCAUGACUUUGUUACCAUGGUGAUGAUCUUAACUACUACAACUCUGGAAAACAAAGGUGCUGAUUCUCUAUCAUGCAGGACUGAACUGCACACUCCAAAGAAGAUGAGUCAAGGAUCCACACUUUUCUCAUGUGGAAUGAUGGAAAAUGACAGAUGGAGAGAUCUCAGCAGGAAAUAUCCCCUUCAGGUCGAACAGCCAAGUGCCAACAUUUGGGACUGCUUGCCUGACAAAAAUGAUGAAAGCUCCUUAUGGCAGAGAGAGCCAGCUAAUGCAUGCUCAGUAACCAACUUGAUCAAGGAUCUCAGCCUUAGUGACCGCAAUGGCAACCCUUCAGCACCUCCCAGCAAACGCCAGUGUCGAUCACUCUCUUUUUCCGAUGAGAUGUCUAGUUGCCGGGCUUCAUGGAAGCCCAUAGGAUCAAAGGUCUGGACUCCUGUAGAAAAGAGACGCUGCUACAGCGGGGGAAGUGUGCAGCGUUACUCCAAUGGAUUCACAACAAUGCAGAGAAGUUCAAGCUUUAGCCUUCCUUCCAGGUCAAGUACUCUCUCCUCAUCAUAUGACCAGAUGGGAUUUAGCAAUAGAUUUGGGUGUCAGCCAUGCCAAGGAAUGCGAAAGUCAGCCACUUACGGACAGACAAAUGAUAUUUGGGGUAAUGAUCAUAGCUCUUCUGAGAGUGGCAGGAUUGACAUGCAGCGAUCUCUCUCUUGUUCCCAUGAUCAAAUUUCCUUUUCGGAAUAUUGUCUGCCCUCAGCAAACAGCACACCUGCCUCGACACCAGAGUUGACAAGGCGCUCCAAUGGGCUUUCUCGAAGUCGGUCUCAACCAUGUGUCCUUAAUGACAAGAAAGUUGGAAUUAAGCGAAGACGACCUGAAGAGGUAAAGGAACAAAGACCUUCAUUGGACCUUGUCAAGAUGACACAGUUUGUCAUGAACUGGAGGUUUCAUUCUAACUGUCAAACUUUCAACAGUCUUAGCACCACAGUCGAUGACUGCCCUCAGCAGAACCAGUUCUCCCUUGGCACCAGCAGCAAUAACUCAUGGGCCACCAACGUGGACGUCAUGCCUGGCAGGACACCAGCCUGCACCCCUGUGCCAGAGCCUCAUUCAAAUUCAGAAGAACAUCAUGCUAACCAGGAAGAAGAUUUCUCCUAUGAAGACUCAGAUUUCUGUGCUACAGAAGAUGAGAAUAGUAGGAAAGAAGUUGAACACUCCUCAUGGAGGAACAGUGGGACCGGUGGGGAUAACAUCUUUCAGUUGGGUGGUGAAUUAGAUAUUGAGCAAAUAGAAAACAACUGAGAGCACUAAGGGGAAGGAUCUGCCUGCACCAAGGCUUUUAGCAGUGGCAAACUCACACGUUAAUGCAAACCAGAGGAGAAAAAUCCACAUUUUCCCUCUCCUUGGCAGGUGAACCAGUACAAAAAGCUUUGCCAAAAUUUGUUUAGCUUUUUUGGGGACUUAUUAGAACUACUGUAGCUCUUCAUAGGGAAAACUUACAAUGUAACAUCAAGAUAUUUAAAAGAAAAAGAAAGCUCUGUGGAUGUAUCAAAACUUGAAAGGAAAGACCAAAAACUCCUGGUCGUUGUUUUUUUUUUUCAAAGUAGGCUAAUUUGCCACCUAGAAAGUCAGCAGGUCCAUCUCCUGAAGGGAAUGGCAUUUGGUAAUAUAAAUAAGCUUUUUUUUUUUUUUUUUUGCUGUUGGCUGAUAUAAAUUGCACCUCGGCUAUCCUUAUCAAAGGAGCAAAAAGUGGAGAUUAGCAUUAUUAUUUGAAUUCAUUUUCUGUUGUUGUUUUUAGAUCACCUAUUAAUAGAUCUUACAAAAUCUCACAAAUCAAAUUUCUCAUAAUAUAUGUAAAUUCCCAGAAUCACAGUUUGUUAUGGUCUACUAAACACACAGAUAGACAGACGUACAUAGACAUACACAUACCAAUAACAUUAUGAAAAGAAAGCACAAUGGAUUUUUAUUCAUAUCAGUAAAAGAGAUCUGUGCUUAUUAAGAGGCCUCCUUAUCCAAAUCAAACAUACAGGUAUGCGCUCUUACUCAUCUUCACCUGCACCAGAUUUAAUGGGUUUGAUGCACGCUUGGAUGCAUGACCUCUCGUUCAUGGUUGCUAUUAAUUUACCGGUAAGAAGAGGACAGAGGCUUUUUCUAGAGAAAUAAAAUAUUGAGAAAAUUUUUGCACUCUUGAUAUUUUAGUGAAAUUUCAAGGAAUAAUGAAAUUAAACUGGUGAUACUAUAAUCUGUAAUGGUAUAUGAUUUAAUAUGGGAGAGAUAUAUAAUUUAGUAGUUGGCAUCUGAAAAGGGAUCAUGGCUCUUAUCUGAUGUGAAGUCUCUUAAACCUGCAUUUUGUACCAUUUGUCGUACAUUCAUCAGUAGAAAAAAUUAAAGAUAAAUCUUGUUUUUCAGUCAUUACUCAGUAUUUAGGUAUUUUCAUCAAGUGAAAAGAUGAAAAUAAUAUAGAGUAUACAGUAAUGUGUUACUUCUAUCUUCAGUGAACAACAGUAGCCCAAUAGUUGAGCACGCAUGGCACUGUUGAGUGGUCUGUGUCAGAUUACGUAUGACACUUUCUGCCACUGCUACUACAGGAGAUGAAUAUAAAGAAAAAGAAAGUACAUCCAACAAAAACCCACUUCCCUGUUUCCUUAAUUUGCUGUAGAAGAAAUUAAACCUAGUGCAAAAUACAGGCAACCAAAUCUUGAAGAGUGUAUUAUUAUUGUCAAAAAAGAAGAUUAUUCAGCAUUUCCAUUAUGUCACAUCAGGCACUGCUGUAUAUGAGCACUGGGAAGCCUAGCUGUAGAUUCUAAAAGAUACCUCCACUAGUUUCCUUAUAUUCCCCUUCCUUUUUAAUAACCCCAAAAAGUCUUGAUCAAUGUUUCUCCACCUCAGUAAUUUUAAGAAGUGUGGUCUUUGCCUCCCAGACUUUCCCAUCCAGUAUGCUGAGAUUGAAGUCCAUGUAUCUUCAAGUUGCUGAGGUUGAGAAAUCCUCGUCUGGCGGAUUAUCUCUGUUUUAUUUUGGGCUUGGUUUGCCUUGCUUUUAUGAUGGUUUAAUGUUUCACUGCAGAAGCAGUUUACACGGCCUGGCUUAUGAUAGUUACAUUAAGUCUUGUGAGAAAGAUGUCAUCACUCAUUUCCUGUUGUGGUAUUUAUAGAGUUUCUCACCCUUUCAUUUUAUACCCACACUGAUUUUGCUGGUCUCAUUCUCAGCUUUCAGUUCUGCAACAUAUUAAAUUGUAUUACAUAUAGCAUCCCCAAAUUCACUAACCAUUUUAGCAUACAUCUUCCAAAGAUGGGGCAAAUAAUCAAGCAGAACCAGGGUUCUGUCUUCUAAACACUGGAAAUUCUGCUCAGCCACAGCUUCGGAUUCUGUUUUUUCAAAGUACAUCUAGUUAAUUUCUAGAAACAAAUGAAUGUGCACAGGUAUGUGUGUGUGUAUGUGUGUGGCUUUUGUAAAAUAAGUCUUGAUAUUCAGGAGACUAAACUUGGUGCUCAGCAUAAAGCCCAGGAAACCAUAGCCAUGAUUAGUGAAUGUUCACACAAAUGUGACAGAAAUGUACUCGUCUAAACUUGGUGCAGUUUUGACUUGAUUGUCAAGAUAUCUAAAGUAACAGAAGAUUUUAUUCAAUUGUAACACCAAGCCAUGCUUUAGUAACAGGCAAACAGGUCUUCAUUGUCAAAGCGUGCAAAUCUAAAUUGCCAAAAAUAGUGUUUGUAUUUCUCCUCUAAAAUAAGAUUAUAAUCCAUUAUCAGCCUGUCACUUACAAUUGUUAUUUGGUUGGCGAGCACAAAUCAUAGUUUGCAGAUUAUGAAACAAUGGUGCAUGAUUUAUUUUGAAGAAGAAUGGAAUUCAGUUUUCCUUAUGAAUUGAGUGGUUCUUGCAUUUUAUAUUUCAUUCUAAGGAAACUUGAUCAUAUAGCUAUGUAAACAGGGACAGAUGGAUCACAAUAGGUAAUAAGAGCUUUAGACUAACGAUUCAGUGCUCUGCUUUACUUUCCAUUAUAUUGCUGGAACAUGUGUUUAACCACUAUGUUGUUCAAUACAUAUUUUAAAAUAGCCUUUCUCACUUUAGUAUCCUCUAAUUGUGAUUAUAAUUCCCUGAAUUCACAGUAGUUUAAGCUAUGUGGGUGGCAGAGGCUUGGGGUUUCGCUAUAACAAAACUAAUACAAAAUGCUGUUUGAGAUUCUAAUAUUCACUUGACACUCCAAUAGUUUCCCUUCCACCUCUUAACUCCUUAUGUUGGGCAACCAACAAUGAUAAUUUAGCACAUAAUGACGCAACCAAGUUAUUCAGUUAUAAAUGAAAUCCAAUCCUUUCUUUAUGAAAGGAAAAACAAGAGAUUAUUUCUUAAAAAUGGUAUCCUAUUUUUAACUUUUCCCGUAAUGGCAUUAAUGCUUAUGGCACCUAAAUCACAGAAGAUCUCAUCUAAGAUAAAGCUUUACAAUUGCUCAUUUAAACUUUCACAUAGGCUUUAUUUCUUCACAUGUUCAUUUUUAUUAUUUUCUGCUUGAAGCUUAUGUGACAUAUAAGCCAUAUGUGUAUGUGUUUAUGCGCAUACAGAUACGCAAGUGAAAAUAAAAAUAGUAUUAAGCUGGAAUAUCUAUUUACAUUUUGGUGCCAUGGAAUAACUUGGUGGUCUUUAUGAAAAGACUCAGUUUUCAUGCUUGCAAAAUCUGUCGAUUUGCAACCCAAGUUAACAUACAUUACUUGUUUUCAGAAACCUAGAAAAGUUAUAAGGGGCAAGUUUUCAUAGAUUUGAGUUGGAAUUAGGUUUUGUUUUGUUUUUAUAAUUUGGUCUGAAUUAAUUAGUUUUAGAUCUCACUGUGGGUUAUCAGGAUCAUGACAGAUCUGGAAAUCUUCCUUCUGUAUCUCUCUUGUAAAACCUCUUACUGCUUUUGACCCUUCCCUUCCAAUUUUAGCAGGUAAUGGUAGUGGCUGUAAUUAUGUAGCAAUGUUAUUAUGAACACUGAAUGUUAGGAGCUCUGAGAAAAUCUCUUAUCUUGGCAAUAGUAUCAAUUCCACUGCUCCAGGUACAUUGCGCUCACGUAAAUGUGUCUGGCUUCAUCAUGGGCACUGAGCUCCUAAAAAUUGUACUUAUACCAACAUUCUGUAAUUCCUGUAGGUUUUGUUUUUUUCACAAAAACCAUAUUCCAGUCCUUCCACCAGUUUUUGGUGUAAAGAUAAAACAGUGGCUGAUGUGUAUGUGUCUAAGACUCUAGCUGACUCUAAGACAAGCUUUUAAUUGAUAUUGAUCAUCUGAAUGUUAAGAAUACCAUUUUUUUCCCAAGGCAAAAUUAUCCACUUUCAGACUUCAGCUCCAUUAGUAGUGUGACUGCUAAAGAAAGCUUAAUCCUUCCUGAUCAAAAGAAAGCUUAUAAGGCAGGGGUGUCAUACUCACGGCGUCAUGUUGUCGUCACAUGACAUAUCGCGACUUUUCCCCCUUCAUUAAAGUGAGGGUGGGCGUAGCCAGCGUGUGAUGCAUCUGGCCUGCGGGCCACGAGUUUGACACCCCUUUUAUAAGGCACACUGGAGGAAGUUGCUUGGCAAUUACACACACCGAAAAGCGAUUUUGUUUUGCUCUGCUACUGACGUAUUAAGAUAGUUUGGUGUUCUGCUUUAGAGACAGGGACUUCUGCAGCCUGAACACAAAGCUAUUGCUGCUGCCCUUCGCAACACCAUCUAAGGAAUCACAUUUUCUUCUUGAGAAUUUCUUCCUACCUGGAAGACCUGGAGAAAAAGUAGGUGAAAUGAAUGGCAGAGGGGUUGGAUAAUCCAGUAUUGUGUGAUAAAUGAGAAAGAAUAAAAUACAUGCGAAAUCAUUUUUAACCAUACAAGUUGCUUACCGCUAUUACUGAGGACAGCACCAGAAUCAAAUGGUGCUAUAAAAUUUGCCUUUGUUCAAGUGAUAUCCAAGCUCUUACUAGAGAGAUAACCUUUCCAUUGAGUGUAAUAAUUAAAUACAUUUAUGUUGACAAGCUAAGCCUGUUGUUUAUCAUCUGAAUGUCACUAUGGGCAAAAAUUACAAUGGCAAAUGAAUCAUCUUUAAUUAUUGAUAUAAACAGAGUGCAGUCUGUAGGGUGUUGUGUGCAAGUAUGCAUACCAUGUUAUUAGAUACAGGUUUUGGUUGUAUAACAUCUGGACAACCAAUCAGGUGGCCAUGGCUUACUCAAAGAGCUUACUCAAUGCAAAUUUUGAAUAAUAGAUUUGAUACUUAGGCUACAUGUAUACGGUCAAAGAUCUGUUGAGCAGUGGUUGAAAAUUCCUACCAUGGCAUAUUGGAAUAGGCAGUCAAAUGGAUUAUUACUUAGGUUAUUAACUAUGUCAGAUAUGGCACAUUGAUCCAUAUUUCUUAUCAGCAUAGCUGUUCUUAUUUUUUUUUUCUUUGAAAAAAAAACACUGCAAAUAUAACACGCAGCAUUUAGCUGUGGUACUGUUAAAAUAAUUGCAAUUUUUGGAUCAGAUCCAUAUCAUGAUUGUAGUUGUAUAUAUAUAUAUAUUACAUCAAAGUAACUGAGUUUGGUUUGACUUACUUCUGAGUAAAUGUGUAGGGUUGUGUGGUAAGUUACUGAAGACUCAUUUCAGUAAGAGGUAUCUUCAUUUCAUUUAAUCUGGAUCCAACCCACUGGAUUUAUUUUCCAUUUUAUUGCAUGGUUCUGUCAAAAUUCUCCCCACCAACUUUGUUACAGAGAUUUUUUUUUUUUUACUAAACAUGUCCUAUCCUCGGAGAAAUGGUUGCCCGUCUGCUGUGCAUAAAUAUAGUGUGUUCUUUGCUUUCACAUUUUCACUUGGAAAUAAUGAUUCCUAAUCAUAGCAUUUUUGGCUUGCCAACAGAGAGUACAUCUUAUGCCAUUAACCGUAUGCUUUUUGAGAUAGUGUAUCAGCUUUUACUUAACAGACAUCUUGAUUAAUGACAGUUUGCUUUGUCUUUAGUGCUAUAGAGGCAGCCUUUUCUUAUUUGGGGUUUUUAUGCAUAAGGGCUUUCUAAAAACAAAAAGGGCUGCAAGCUAUGAGAAGCUAAGUACACAGAGUAGGAAAGUGCCCCCCCCCCAAGGAUCACUACCCAACUCGCCUAGCUGUAGCUUAGUUUAUAUAGCUGCAAACUUUCUUUGCCUUAGCAAUGAUGCUUCACUAGCAAAUGGCCUUACAGUGAACACAUCUGCAUACUUAAUAAUAUAGUGUUUUCCUAAAAUUAAUCCCAGGUGGCAUUUCAUUGGAUUGCAUUGGGUUUGGUGUUGCUGUAUGAUUUAUGUAUUGAAACUAAAUUUUUAAAGCCUUACUUCUUCCUUUUUUUUUUUUAAAUAGAAGCAAAAUGUUAUGGGAUGUAAGAAUGUGUGUAUACGUAUGUAUGGGUGUAUAUAUAAAGGAGAUGUAUGUGCAUAUGUACAUUCACACAAAAUGUAAACAUCUGAAAUAUAAGUUUAUGUUUACGGAAAAUACUUUUGAUGGUAACAUACAGGGGUGCUGUUCAGAAAAAAAUAAUGAUGUUCAGCUGCAUCUAUGCUUGGUCAUAUCCACUGAAAAAAAAAUCCAUUGGAUUCCUUUAAUGGGGAUCUUGUGCUCCUGCCGGAUUGGUUAGUUUACUGGAACUAGCUCUUAUAGCAGGUUUUGAUCAGGUAUAUUGACUUUUUUUUGUGAGCAUUCACUACCAUCGCAACGAAUAUUUUUAUUUGCUAAACAGUACAUUCAAAUCAGCAGGGAGACGGACAACAGCUUAGUUGGCACACGGAACAAUCUGUACUGUGGAAAUGUAAUGACAACAGCAAUAAAUGUCAAUCAUUUUCCCUUUUUAAAAAAAAAAAAAAGAGUUUUUAAAUGCAACUUUUAUGGAAGGGUUUUGUCCUAUUAGCACUGAUGAAUGUUCUUAUAGGGAAUGUAUUGUAGAUCUACAGUCAUUGCUAUUUAGAACUGGUUUUCAUGAAACGUUUUAUUUAAUGACACACUGAAGAAAAGAAUAAGGUGAAAUAGAACGUAUUUCUGGAUUUUACUGUAAUUUUUCACAAGUAGUAUAGUUUCUUUGGCCCAAUAAUAAUUGUAUUACAAAUACAUUUUAGAUACUCCUUGUUGAAACAGGACUAGAGAAUAUUUUUAGAAUUAUAGCUGUCUUUUUCAGCAUUUUAUAUUUUCAGUGUCUAAGAACCAAUGAAUCAGAACAUGAUGAUGGUCAAAAAGCCUUUGAAAAUCCAUGAAGUCUAGCGAUGUUUAGUUCCAAGGGUGUGUGGGUGUGCGUGGGUGUGUGGGUGUGUACACGUACAUAUGUAUGUAUGUGUCUUUUUGUUCAUGGUAAUUGCACAGAUGCAAACAUAUUGACAUAUAUACAAAGUCAGCUCUGUAGUUGGUGUUUGUUCAAAAUCUAAUGUUGGUGAAGACUGUUCCCUGACAUGAAAAAUUAAGAAAACUGCUGAUUUGUACUCUCUCAAAUGACUUUAUUGCACUAUAGAGCAGCGCAGUCUCAGGAAUUUACUUGUUACUCUGUGUAAAUAAAGCUUUCUGAUUCUGUAA